GCAGCCUGAGGCAGGUGUCAACGUCGGAGUGUGCCGGAACCCCCGGAGGGAGUCGGAUUCUGCGCUAGUCAUGCGAAUAGCAGAUUUAACCCUGUUAGGUUCUAGCGUGAUCAGAUAAGAUCAGAUCCAACCUUGAACGUUGUUCCAGUUCCCCUCAGUCACCGUUCAUCAUCAGACCAUCCGGAGUUGCGAUGCGAGGGGAGCAUUCCUUGGCGUAGCAUCUUCCUCUUUAAUGCCUCCCUUACCUAACAAGCUCCUACUUCUGUCCUAAAUCUUCACUCCCCAGACCCUACUUCUUCCUACAUCCAAGGCGAACGGCUCACCAUGAAGGGUCUUAGCCAAGGUCUUGCCCUCGUCUCCACACUAGCUCUGCUCUUCCUCCAAGGUACGGCGGUUCCCCUCUCAACUGCAGCGGAUGCCUCUCCCGGCCAAACAGUCUUAGGCGACCUUAACAGCCUGCCCUCCACUCCCGAAAACAAUGUCGACCGCAACAAUAUCAUCACAGCUACCGAGAACGACCCCGAGGCGGAAACCGCACCAUCAUGGUUCACCUCCACACUGAUGGCCCGCCGACUCCUCGCCCUCUCAACCACGGGCGUCGCCUCCACCAUCUUCUCGGACUCCUUCGCAGAGAACUCCCACACCCCAGCCGCCGUAGCCGGCCAGUCCAUCAGCCUGAAGGAAUACAUCUCAGACUGCGAUGAAGCCCUCCCCCCCACAAGCGGCAACGGCGGAGACGGCAACCCAACCUUCCUCGCCCUCCAUGUCGCAACCACUUUCCGCAACACCGCCGCAGGCUCCAACAUCAGCGUCUCUAUCGACUGGUGGGACCAUCUGAACGAGACCGAGCCCCUUUUCCCCGGCUUCCCGCUCAGUCCCGCUGGUCUCCCCCGCGUGACGCUAUUCGGGUACAUCGAGCCCUUCUCGACUCCCAUGCCGGAGGAUACGGAGGCUGCUCUUCGGACUUGCUAUCUGAAGGCCCACCCGGAUGCCCAGGUGUGGUUGCCCGGUAGACGUAACUCUCCCCAUGCGAGCUUCUGGGCUCGGAUGGUUGUCACCCAGGUUUAUUGGAUCGGGGGCUUCGGUGGGUUUCAGCAGAUUGGGUGGAUGAAUGUGACUGAAUGGAAGGGUAUUCGGAGGGGGGAGAGUCUGCCUGGUAUUGGAGAUGGGCGGGGCUGGCAGGAUGUGAGACUCCCUGGGGAGGAGAGUUAUUAAUGAUGGUUGUUGUGUCGCUGUGGGGUAACUUGCGAGCUGCUGGUGGCUUGUGUUAUUUUACUGUCAGUGUGUGCAUUUUAAGUAAUGGGAUGGGAUGUGCGGAUUGAUAUGGAGAAUGGAUGGUUGGAUGGGAUGAGGUUACGUUGCAUGAAUGGAUAUGAGCCAUAUGCUUAUACUUUUCUAUCCUGUAUCAUGGUCCUAACAUAGUUUUAAGAUUGUUAUCGCAGGACGCCUUAUAUGCUUGGUUUUAUGACAUGUCUAUUUAUCUCCUCUGCAGGAGAGAUGAUAGUAGAAACUCAAACCACGUCAGCGGUCUAAACUAACCUG